AUGGAAGCUAAGUUCUGUGAGGUGGAAAGAGCUCCGUCAGAGGAACGGCAGCAAGCCCAGCCACAGGAACAUGCCCAAAAUGCCCUCUUAAGUGGAAUUGAAGAGACAGUGUUGAUCCAUUCUUUUUGCGUAGGAAUGGAAACAGCUGCUGCACCUCCAGUCAAGUUUCCAAUUUCCUUUGAGGAUGUGGCCGUCUAUUUCACUGAGGCAGAGUGGGCCCUGCUGGAUCCACACCAAAGAGCUCUCUGCAGGGAAGUCAUGCUGGAGAACUACGUGAGCACGGCCUUUCUAGCAGGGGAUGAUCAAUGGAAUGACGGUGAUGAGGAAGUGCAUCAGCUUUUCCCAGAUAAAUUGAAGCAUGAAGAUUUGAAAGGAAACUUCAGGAAUCAAGGAGGACCAAAGAGGCAGAAAGGAAGUCACAUGAUCAAGAAGAGCGGGGACAAAUCUUAUAGCUUCUCAGAAUGUGGCAAGAGCUUUUCACAGAAAUCAGAUCUUAUUCAACACCACAGGAUUAAUUCAGGAGUGGAUGCACAUAAAUGCUUGCGGUGUUGGAAGUAUUUCAAAUGCAGAUCACAUCUUCUUGUGCAUCAAAGAACCCACACAAAGGAGAAACCUUUUGAAUGCUCAGAGUGUGGAAAGAGAUUCAGUCAAAGUGGCAAUCUUCAAAUACAUGAAAGAAUGCACACAGGGGAGAAACCGUUUGAAUGCUCAGAGUGUGGAAAGAGAUUCAGUCAAAGUGGCAGUCUUCAAACACAUAAAAGAAUCCACACAGGGGAGAAAUCUUUUGAAUGCUCCGAGUGUGGAAAGAGAUUCAGUCAAAGUGGCAGUCUUCAAGCACAUAAAAGAAUCCACACGGGGGAGAAACCGUUUGAAUGCUCAGAGUGUGGAAAGAGAUUCAGUCACAGUGGCAAUCUUCAAAUACAUGAAAGAAUGCACACAGGGGAGAAACCUUAUGAAUGCCCAGAGUGUGGAAAGAGAUUCACUCAGAAUGGCACUCUUCAAACACAUAAAAGAAUCCACACAGGGGAGAAACCGUUUGAAUGCUCAGAGUGUGGAAAGAGAUUCAGUCAAAGAGACCAUCUUCAAACACAUAAAAGAAUCCACACAGGGGAAAAAUCUUUUGAAUGCUCAGAGUGUGGGAAGAGAUUCAGUCAAAGAGACCAUCUUCAAACACAUAAAAGAAUCCACACAGGGGGAAAAUCUUUUGAAUGCUCAGAGUGUGGGAAGAGAUUCAAUCGAAGUGGCACUCUUAAAAUACAUCAAAGAAUCCACACAGGGGAAAAAUCGUUUGAAUGCCCAGAGUGUGGGAAGAGGUUCACUCAGAAUGGCACUCUUAAAACACAUCAAAGAAUCCACACCGGGGAA